AUGGAGUCAGAUAAUACCAGCACCUCCGACACUAAGCAAGAAACUGUCGCUGAUACCGUCAUCGGAGGAUUCACUGUGAUCGGUGAUAAGCUACAAAGAAAUCACUCUACCCCACUGGAGAUUUUGCCUUACUGGAUUACACAAGCAACACUUUUCUCGGAUUCUGUGGAUAUCCGAUUCGAUAUAAAUGACAUAAAGGAGCUUCACGAGCUGAUUCGCCUUCGUCUUAUCUCUAUGGGAUAUGACAAACUUUUCCCAGUGCAAAUGUGUGCGAUCCCCAUAAUUCUUAAGUCAUAUCACAUCUCCAAACGGAGACCCCUUUGCCGCCCAAGAGAUGUGUGCAUUUCUGCCCCGACUGGAAGCGGGAAGACAUUGGCCUAUGCUGCUCCCAUUGUUCAACUUUUACUGAAUCGAACGUAUGUUACUAUUCGUGUUUUGGUUGUCGUCCCUGUUGGGGACUUGGCUACACAAGUCUACAACGUAUUCCUCGAUUUAACUAAAGAUACUGACCUCAAGGUUGCACUUUUGAAUGGUUCAAAGAGUUUCGUUAAAGAGCAAGCAGAUCUGAUCGACUGUUCUUCGGGGGUACAAAAAUCGGCCGUUGACAUUGCUGUGGUCACUCCUGGGCGAUUGGUAGAUCAUUUGUAUAACACUCCCGGAUUUUCUAUGGAACGUUUACGAAUCUUGGUCAUUGACGAGGCCGAUCGCGUAAUCUUGGAGGAGAAACAAGACUGGUACCGACUAUUAGAGGAUGCACUUUACUACCCAAAUGCUUUUCAUUUCGACCCGGAUACGCACGAUGACAAUUUUCAUUUCGCACUGGUGGGGCGACCCAGACCAAUGCUGUCCAUAAUGCAUCAAUACGACUGUAGCCACGACAUUACGCUUCAAAAGAUCCUAGUUUCAGCCACACUGACGCAUGAUCCAGGUCCCCUGAAACGGUUCAAUCUUUACUUUCCGCACCUGUUGACAUGCACGCCUCCUACGAAUAAACUUAAUGAGCCGGCGCCCCACAUGGAAGUGGCGUCUUCCUCGUGCGUUGCACCAACUACUAAUAGUGAACCCAUAAGUACACCUGGAGCCCUGAGCUCCUCCUGCGAGAAAGACCUGGAACACGGAGUUGUAUCAGGAGCCAGCAGAGGUAUUGGGAUUUUCAUCACCCCAACCACUUUAAAAGAAUAUGUGGUUAGCUUACCCUCAAUUAAUCGACCUCUGUUUCUACUGCACUUGAUACACCACAAAAACGUGAAACGCCUGUUGUGUUUCGUAAACACACGAGCUGUCGCAGAGCGCUUAAGCAUGCUUUUGGAAGAGUUUCCUGGACUCAGUGUUUGUCACUUGUCGGCUGGACUUCCGCCGGACAAACGUCAACGUAUUUUGAAGCGAUUUUGCCAAGGAGAUAUCAAUAUCUUGGUAUGCACAGACAGCAUGUCUCGUGGCAUGGACAUUGCUGAUGUCGAAUGCGUAGUGUCGUAUGAUGUUCCGGAAAACGCGAAAACAUAUGUCCAUCGCAUCGGACGAACUGCACGUGGAGGUCGACCUGGUGCAGCUUACACUCUGCUGGAAAAGCGCCAGGUAGGCUUAAUCCAAUGCUUUUGUUAG